AUGGCCGAUUCGUCCAAGGCCCUGGCGACGGCUGAAGACCGCGAGGCCAAACAGAGACUACUCGAAGCGCAGAACAAGUACGGACGAGGCAAAGGCAUCACAGCCAAGAGCGCAAAGGGAAAGAAGCUGCACGCCAACCUCAAGGCCGUCGAAUCCAAGCACAAAGACGCCGUUCUCAAGGCCAAAGAUGCGGAGAUCCUGCUCGAGCAUGAUCCCGGGUUCCUCGAGCCUGAGGGUGAGUUGGAGCGGACAUACAAUGUGCGACAGGAUGAGAUCCGCGACAGCGUGGGAUUGGAAACCGCGAAGAAGGGCUUCGAGCUGAGGCUGAGCGAUAUGGGCCCCUAUCGGAUGGACUAUACUCGGAACGGUCGCAAUCUGCUGCUCGCCGGGCGGAAGGGCCAUGUUGCAACGAUGGACUGGCGGGACGGCAAACUGGGCUGCGAGCUCCAACUGAAUGAGACUGUGCGGGAUGCACGGUGGCUGCACAAUAACCAGUUCUUUGCCGUGGCACAGAAGAAAUAUGUCUACAUCUAUGACCACAACGGCGUCGAGUUGCAUUGUCUCAACAAGCAUGUGGAGCCGCUUUUCUUGGAAUUUCUCCCAUAUCACUUUCUGCUUGCCAGUGCGCAAAUGAGUGGCUAUCUCAAAUAUACCGAUACCUCGAUCGGCCAGACCGUCGCCGAGCUGCCUACCCGAUUAGGCCGCCCGACCUCCCUCUGCCAGAACCCGUGGAAUGCUAUCCUGCAUGUCGGACAUCAAAACGGAACAGUGACACUGUGGUCACCCAAUUCGCAGACUGCCCUUGUCAAGGCGCUCGUGCACCGUGGCCCCGUUCGGUCAAUGGCAAUCGAUCGUCAGGGCCGGUAUAUGGUCUCGACCGGUCAGGAUCAGAAGAUGAGUGUCUGGGAUAUCCGAAUGUACCGGGAGGUGCAUUCGUAUUCGUGCUACCAGCCCGGGGCAUCUAUUUCAAUCAGUGACCGCGGUCUGACGGCAGUGGGCUGGGGCACGCAGGUGAGCGUGUGGCGCGGGCUCUUCGACGCGGCGCAGGCGGACCAAGGCAAAGUGCAGAGCCCAUACAUGGCUUGGGGUGGUGAUGGCCAGCGCAUCGAGAACCUGCGCUGGUGCCCCUUCGAAGACGUGUUGGGAGUGGCACACGACCAAGGAUUCGCCAGUCUGAUUGUUCCCGGCGCCGGCGAGCCCAACUUCGACUCGCUGGAAGCGAACCCAUACGAGAACGUCAAGCAGCGCCAAGAGCACGAGGUGCACUCGUUGCUCACGAAGCUGCAGCCAGAGAUGAUCUCUCUCGACCCCAGCAUCAUCGGCAAACUCGACACAGUCAGCGACCAGAAGCGGCGCGAGCAGCGCAACCCGGACCAGCGGCCCGAGGACCCCAUCGAGAAGCUCAAGAACCGUGGCCGCGGCCGCAACAGUGCGCUGCGCAAGUAUCUGCGCAAGAAGGGCCGUGGCAAUGUCAUCGACGAGAAGCGGCUCAAGGCCGAGGCCCUGCGCAAGGAACAUGCCGCGCGCUACAGGGAGAAGCAGAAGCAAGAGCGCGAGGAUCUCGGUCCGGCUCUCGCUCGGUUUGCCAAGAAGGGCCCCUAG